AUGGAAUUUGCCCCCAACAAUGCAGAGGAAACCUGCCUGAAAAACCACCACCUUCUCACCGUAAAAGAUGGCCACCACCAACACACCGACGGCUUGGGGAUGAAGGGCCCAGCCCUCCACCAUCACCACCAAUCAACAAAUGAGAUAACCUCGGACUCUACUGAGUCGCCUGAGCUCUCGGCUUCAACCAACUCUGACGAACCCGAUUAUCCAGAGGGCGGCUUGCAAGGAUGGCUUGUCGUCUUCGGUUCGUUCUGCGCAAUGGGCGCCGUCUUCGGUCUGAUCAACACCAGCGCGGUCUUUGAAUCAUACUUUAAAGAGCAUCAACUCAAAGAGUACAGCCACUCCCAGGUAGGAUGGAUCUUCAGUUUGUACCUAUUCUUGGUCUUCUUUAUUGGCAUUCAGGCUGGGCCAAUCUUCGAUCACUACGGACCCCGUCUCCUGGUCGCAGUGGGCAGUGUACUUAUCGUUGCGAGCCUGAUGCUUCUUAGUAUUUCAAAGGAAUACUAUCAAAUCAUUCUGACCUACUCUGUUCUUGGUGGCACUGGCGGAGCAUUACUUAACUGUCCUGCGUACGGUGCUAUCGCUCACUUCUUCAACGUUAAAAGAGGUCUGGCAACAGGCAUCGCUACAACUGCAGGAGGCAUCGGAGGCAUCGUCUUCCCGCUGUUGCUCCAAUUCCUGCUAGGAGAGAACGGUGUAGGUUUCGCCUGGAGCUGCCGCAUCCUCGGCCUCAUCCUCCUCGUUCUCUGCGCAGCCGCAAAUCUCUUUGUGCGCAGCCGACUCACUGCGUCCGUCAAUAACGGCGAGAAGAAGUCGAGAGGUCACUCGGUCUGGCCAGACCUGACGAUUCUGCGCAGCCGAGGCUUCGCAUCCUCUGCCGUCGGCAUCUUCUUCAUGGAAUGGGGCCUCUUUGUCCCCAUAACCUACAUUAUCUCCUACGCGAAGAGCCACGGCAGCAGCGACGCCGAGAGCUCUGUCCUCCUGGCAUCUCUCAACGCCGGCUCCGUGCUGGGCCGCUUCCUCCCUGGCCUCCUGGCUGACAAGCUGGGCCGUUUCAACGUGAUCGUCGCGACCAUCGCGCUCUGCGCCGCCACCAUCCUCGGGUUCUGGCUGCCGGCGGGCGAUUCGAAGCCGCUCCUCGUCGCCUUCUGCGUCGUCUUCGGGUUCGCCAGCGGGAGCAACCUCGGGCUGAUCCCCGUGUGUAUAGGGCAGUUCUGCGACUCCCGCGACUACGGCCGGUACGUGACCACCGCGAACAUGAUCGCGAGCUUUGGCACCCUGACGAGCGUGCCCAUCGGCGGUGCGUUGCUAGGGUUUGAGGGGAGGGCAGGGUGGGUUGGGCUCAUCCUCUUUUCGGCGGCUGCGUAUGUCGUGGCCCUGGCCUGCUACGUGACCGCCAGGGUUUCUGCGACGGGGUGGAAGUUGCGGAAGAAGUUCUAG